AUGGCGGAGAGUCUUUCGCAAUGCGUUACGGCUAUGGAAUCAAGUGUCAGAUGCUUAGAACAGACUGUAAAUCUUUUGAAGAAAGAAUCAGCACCAAGCAAUCGCUUGACAAAGAGUCUGAUUCAAUCACGAAGAGUUUUCGAGCUGGUCCCCGAAUAUGACGUCCAGCGGGCGAAAUUGGAUUUGAUUGAGGAAGUAGAACCUUUGGUUAAUAAUUUGAGCAAGAAACUGGCGAAACAGUUGUCAAAAUUGGAACGCGAGCGUGACAACCUGCAACAAACGCUGGAAUUAAAUGCCUUGAGAUUGAGAAAUAGAUUUAAUGGUGAGGAGGCACAAGACCAAGACGUGGGUUCCGACUUGGUGAUAAUGACUUCGUCAACCACUGAAGAGUUGGAUCAGCUACGAGACCUCAAGGCGCAAAAAGCGCAGCUCUUAGAAAAAAUACAAAGUUUGGAAAGUUCUACUUGA